CUGCCGGCUUCGAUCUCAUAAUUCCGCGUACUCCUGCAUAUUUCACCAUGUUCACCGGACUUGUUGAAAAGAUUGGGACGGUCUCGUCCCUCGAAUCCCUCGAUACCACAUCAAGCGGGGGCGGGGGUACCUCGCUGACGAUUACCGACUGUGAGGAGAUUCUCGUCGAUGCGCACCUUGGCGAUAGCAUAGCUGUCAAUGGAACAUGCCUCACGGUAACGGCCUUUGACAAGACCUGGUUCAAGGUCGGCGUCGCCCCGGAGACCCUGCGCCGCACGAACCUGGGCUCUCUGCAGACGGGUUCCAAGGUGAAUCUGGAGCGCGCCGUGCUGGGCGAGACCCGGAUGGGCGGCCACUUCGUCCAGGGCCACGUCGAUACCAUCGCAAAGGUUCUCUCCGUCACUCAGGACAGUAAUGCCCUCGUGUUCCGAUUCCAGCCGCGCGACUUGGGCGUCAUGCGCUAUAUUGUCGAGAAGGGCUACGUGACGCUGGACGGCGCCAGCUUGACGGUCACCAAGGUGGUCGACGGGGAGGAGGGGUACUUCGAGGUCAUGCUUAUCGCGUACACUCAGGAGAAGAUUGUGACCGCGUCGAAGAAGCCCGGGGACUAUGUCAACGUGGAGAUUGAUAUUGUGGGUAAGUAUGUUGAGAAGAGUGUACAGGCUUACUUUGCUGGUUCUGCGAGCGGCGAUUUCAAUAUUCUGGAGAAGAUGGUGUCUCGCAUUGUGGAUGAGAAGCUGAAGCGGUGAUUUGUUGAUGC